UUUGUUGCGUCGCCUUUCCACCUUCGGCCGGCGUGAGCAGGUUGUUUGAAAGAGAAGGCCUUGCUGUGGGUCUGCAGUCAUGCCGGGGUAUCUCUGUGUGUUGGUGAUGAUUCUAUCAACUUCAGCUGCCCAUUAUUUACAUACCAAUACCAAGAAGUGCGUGGCGACCUGCCCUGACCUCAGCGACCCCGUGUGCGGUAGUAAUCAGGUGACCUAUGAUAACGACUGCCUCUUAGAGCGGGCACAGUGCGAGGACCUCAGUUUGCACAAGAUCGCGGAUGGACCCUGUGAGUGCAACCCGAUUUGCAACGACGAACAAGCCAGUGUGUGCGGGAGCGACGGCAAGACGUACGAGAGUGCAUGCAACUUGCUGAGAGCCAGAUGCAAGGACAAUCCCACGCUCCAACAAGUGGCUCAGGGACCUUGCUCCACGAGCGACGCCUGCAGCCGGGAGUGCGGCUUCACCCUGCAGCCCGUGUGCGGGAGCGACGGGAUAACGUACAGGAGCGAGUGCGAGCUGGAGGAGGCUGCGUGCAGGGACCCGUCCAUCAGGAAACUGGCGAUGUGCGCUUGUCUCAUGGACUCGAAAUGCAACAUACAGUGUACGGCGGAGUUUGACCCUGUGUGUGGCAGCAACGGCAUUACGUACCCGAACCAAUGCACAUUCAACAUUGCAGCUUGCAACAAUCCGACGAUUACGAAAGUCCGGCACGGGCGUUGUGACAACCAGCCCGAGUGCGCGACGACCUGCCAGCGAACGUACGACCCCGUGUGCGGCAGUGACGGCCAAACGUACCAGAACGACUGUGCUCUGGAAGUCAUGAUCUGUACGAAGCCCGAACUCUAUAAGGUGGCUAAUUGUCAGUGCGUCCCGGAGUGUCCAGAAGUCGGGUGCACGAGGGAGUACAAGCCAGUGUGCGGGAGUGACGGAGUUACGUACCAUAACGACUGCCUCUUUAACAACGGCCGGUGUCGGGAUUCUUCGUUGAGUGUGCUGAAGAUUGGAGUGUGUGACUCGGAUAACUGUGAACUGACGCUUUGCACAACGGACUACGAGCCGGUGUGCGGGAGCGACGGUGUCACGUACGGGAACCAGUGCCAGUUUGACAUUGCAGUGUGCAAGGAUGCGUUGUUAGUCAAGGCGGGAGAUGGAGAAUGCUCGUCUGUCUUGCAGUAAAGCAGCUUGGAUUAUCACAGUCAUCAAGAGGAACAAAAUUGUCACAGAUCAUCAAAUCUAUUUUACGAAAAUUAUUUAUAUUACUGUAUAUGGUGC